AUGGAGAACCGGACUGCCAUUACGGCUGCAGAAUACGCUGAAUUGCGCGACCGCGCGAAGAGCGUCAAGCCAAACGAUUUUCUGAAGCCAACCAGAUUCUGGGUCGCCGUUUUGAUCCACGGCAAGGAUGCAACGACGGUGUCAGAACAGGCAGAUUUCCUAUGGAUCAAGGCUAAUGGCAAAACGAAGGUGAAAGCCGUGUACGCGGAAUAUGUCAAGAGACACUCAAUCGACGUGGAACUUUACCUCGGACCAGACCAAGUGCAAGAAGACUCGAAGCUGAUGGACCUAAACAAAUUUGACGACAACACCACUAUUUUCAUUUCGGCGCCGAAGUCACCUUCUAGUUCAGCCCCGGAAUCUGCUUCCUCUGCCACUGCUGCCGCUGCUGCUGAAAAGUCCGUGUUGAAUCCAACCGGAACGGCCGAUACUCAGUCCUUAGCAUCUGCGCCCAAGCAGCUGCCUCAACCCCUCAAUCAGUCCGUGACGCCUACGCCAAUCCAACACCACCAGCCUCCUGCAUCCCUCAACAUCAAUGGUACUGCUUUGAGAGAAAGCAGUAGGGCAUCGACGACACUUUCCAACGAACCAAAUGCCAAACCUUCCAACCCCUAUCUUCAAAAGUUGCUCUCGGAGACAUCGCCUGAGAAACUUGAGGAAGGGGUUGAAAAAGCACUUGACAUCAUGAAAGACGUUCGAAAGCCCUUGGAUGAACGUAAAGAUAAUGCCGAUGCCAAGCAGUGGCUGGAAAGUCUGGAAAUUUUGAGCAAACAAUUCACGCGUAAUCGGACUGUCAUAGGUGUAGUCGGAAACACAGGUGCGGGCAAGAGCAGCGUAAUCAAUGCGUUGCUGGAUGAAGAGCGUUUGGUGCCGACCAACUGCAUGCGUGCUUGCACUGCUGUUGUUACUGAACUCUCCUGGAACGACAGCGACAGGACCAAGUACCGCUCUGACAUCGAGUUCAUCAAACCGGAAGAUUGGCGGAAGGAGCUCGAUAUUCUUUUCAAGGACUUACUAGACCAGUCUGGCAACGUGUCGAAAGACUGCUCGAAUCCCGACACCGAUGCAGGCAUAGCUUGGGCGAAAAUCAAAUCUGUCUACCCGCAGAAGACCAAAGAGAUGCUUGCCGAAGGCGGCCCCGACAUGCUCCUUCGCGACGCCGAGGUCAAAAAGGUACUGGGGACUACGAAGCACAUCAACGAGGAUGAUUCCAAACAAUUCUACAAGCGCCUUCAGUUUUUUGUUGACAGCCAAGAAAAAGUGACCGGACCAGACGGUAGACGGAAGGAGAAGAUCCGUAUGGAGUAUUGGCCAUUGAUUAAAGUGGUCAAGAUUUACACCAGGGCGGAGGCUUUAUCGACAGGCGCUGUGAUGGUCGAUCUUCCUGGUGUUCAAGAUUCCAAUGCUGCCCGCGCAGCAGUCGCGGCUGGAUACAUGAAGCAAUGUACGGGCCUGUGGAUUUUGGCCCCUAUUACGCGCGCCGUCGACGACAAAGCUGCCAAGACUUUGUUGGGUGACACUUUUAAACGUCAACUCAAACUCGAUGGAACAUAUGGUAAUGUUACUUUCAUCUGCUCUAAAACUGAUGAAAUCUCUCUCCAAGAAGCUGUCGCUGGUCUCGGGCUUGGCGAUGAGAUGGAACAGUCAUGGGCAGAGCUGGAUAGCAUGGCAGCCCAACUCAAAGACCUCGAGGGUAAGCUGGAUGAAGCCAAGACAUCAAAAGAUGUGUACAAGGAAGUCGUCGACGAGUGCGAUGACGAAAUUGAGGCUUGGGAAGAUCUUGAAGAAAAGGUGGAAGAAGGCAAAACUGUCUUCGCCCCUAACCCUAACUUUAAGCAGUCCAAAAAGAGAAAACGGGACUCUCCGGCGAAGAAGCCCCGAAAGAAGAAGCGCCGCGUGGGCGAUACUGACGAUGACCCAAUUGAGGUUGAGGAUGAGUGUACUGACGAGUCUGACCAUGAUUCUUCUGACAAGUCCUUCAAGGAUGGCGAUAGCGAUUCCGGUGAGCAAGAAGAACAGCGCCAGCCUUUGACAGAGGAAGAUGUUGCCUCAAAACUUCGGGAACUCAAGUCCAGGAAAAAAGAAGCCAGACGAUCGAGAGUUGACAUUGAUCAGAAGAUAUCAGAGAUUCAAGAUGAGCAGAAAGAUUUACGCAAAAAACACUCUAAGCUCAGGGCCGAAAUCAGUGCCAAAUGUAUUUCGGGGAGGAACAACUACUCAAGGCAUUCCAUCCAACAUGAUUUUGCCGCCGGUAUCAAGGAACUCGACCAAGAAAACGCUCAGGACGAAGAUGAGGAAAACUUCGAUCCAGACACAGAUAUCCGUGACUACGCAGAAGUAGCUCGUUCGCUCCCAGUCUUCUGCGUGUCUAGUAGGGCAUACCAGAAGCUUUGCGGUAGACUUAAGAGAGACGACCCUGUCCAUGGCUUCAAUGAUAUUUCCGAAACCGAGAUGCCACAGCUCCAGGCACACUGCAAAAAGCUCACGGAGGCAGGAAGAUCGGCCGCGAGUCGCAGGUUCCUGAACAAUUUGAGCCAGACACUGACUUCAUUGAGCCUAUGGGCAUCGAAGGAGGGACGCGGCGCUCCGAUGACGGCCGGACAGCAUCGAAAAGAAGUUGCUUUCCUUGAAUUUAAGCUCGCCGAGCUAGAGCGUGGUCUCAACGAAGCCGUGGACAAAUGCCUUUCUGAGAUGAUUAGCACACUCACGACCAACAUCUACCAGAAGUGGGAUAAUGGCAUACGGAAGGCCAUCGAUGACGCAUUGCCAACUGCAGACGGAUGGGGUGCUCACAGGUCUAUUGGUGGCCUUCUUUGGCCUACCUACAAAGCCAUAGUGAGGAGAGACGGUGCCUGGACCGGCCGAGCCGGCCCACGCGAUUUCAACGAGGAACUCAUGGCCCCGGUUAUCAAAAGCAUCGCUUCGAACUGGGAGAAAUGUUUCCAGCGCCAACUGCCCGUACAGGUGGCUAGUUUCACUGACAAGGUCACCAAGUUACUCAAGAACUUCCAUAAAGAUGUGCAGCGUCGGGCCCAUGACAACGGUGUUAGCAUUGCGCGCCUGAGUGGCCUCAGUCAACAGCUCCAGAACUAUGAGCCUUUCCUGAAAGAGCAGAUCAAGGUCAUAACCGAUCAAAUGAAUGACAUACAGCGGGAGGCCAACAGAGAGUUUACGCCAGCCAUUGCAGCUGCCAUGCGGCAUGCAUACUCACUUUGUGCGAACGAGUCCGGCACAGGAUCCUACGUCAGGAUGAAGAGUCACAUGCACACACAGGUGGAUAGGGAGCGGCGCACGAUGUUCCAGGUCGCCUGCAACACCGUCAAGGCACAGCUUACUCUAAUGUGUGACAAGGUUAAAAGCGAGCUAGCUAUCCGCGCCAAAGGCGUCUACCAGACCGCACGUCGCGACUAUGCCACUCUUCUCGGUAAUUUGGGAUCCGUCGAUAAAGUCGAACCACCUGAGGAUCAUGAGCUCAAGAGCAAGGUUCACGAAGUUGUGGAAGGAGCAGAGGAAGUGUUCCGCCGCCUCGUCGAGGGUGAGGAUAACGAAGAGGCUGCAGAAAAGGGCGAGGAAGAGGGCGAGAACGAGGACGAGAAAGAGGACGAGAAAGACAAGCAGAACCAAGACGAGGAAGAGCACAGUGAGCGUCUUCACCAGGAGACUGAAGCAGGUCCUGAUGCUAUGGACGUGAGCAAGUCGUUGGAUACGAGUGAGGCGCCUGAUACGACAGUGGGUGCCGUGGCUCAAGAUCGCGCGCCGCUUCUGGGUGACCUUGUCGCGUAUCUAGACGACAACAAGGAAAACAUUUCUGAGACAACAGACAAAACCGGCUCAUUGAAGCAAGAGGACGUGGAAAAUGAAGAUACCGCUUUCAACACUAUCUAG